AAAUCUGUCUCAAGCGAUCUCAAGAUGUCAAUCCUACAGAAAAUCCAGGACAUCGAAGAUGAGAUGGCACGUACCCAAAAGAACAAGGCCACCAAUGCUCACUUGGGUAUGUUGAAAGCAAAACUGGCCAAAUUGCGCCAGGAGUUGAUCACACCAAAGGGCGGCGGUGGGAGUACCGGUGAAGGAUUCGAUGUUGCCAAGACAGGAGAUGCUCGCGUCGGUUUCGUAGGUAUGUUAGUGUAA